AGUUCACCAAUUUCGUUAAUGUUAAGCUUCAUACGUGCAAGUACGUGCUGACCCUACUGCAGUGGUUAAAAUAUUCGGUAUUUUUUAAGCUGUGCAAAUACGUUGGCGAUGAAUAAUGAACGAUCAAAAAAGCUUCACAUACCUUAUCCAACAGGUCCAUAUGCCACAGGAUGUAUGGAACUGAUGACAGAAUAUUCCGAAGAAGGAUGUUUUGCGAGGGUAUUUUACCCAACUAACAUUCCAUCUGAUCAAUUGGACAAAUACUCAGAUAAAUGGAUUCCGUGGGUUCCAAAUGAAAUUUAUAUGAAACAAUUUGCCAAUGCUCUUCAUGUACCUUAUUUCAUAUUCAAAUAUUUUCCACCAAUCCUUGGCCAAGCACCUUAUUACAUACCAACCAUUAGUGAUGCGCCAAUAUCGGACAAAGAAGAAUCGUAUCCCUUUGUCUUAUUUUCACAUGGUUACGCAGCCACAAGAUUCGUUUGCUCACAUUUUUGCAACACUUUAGCGUCAUACGGAUUUAUAGUCGCUGCCAUUGAACACAGAGACAAAUCAUCGCCUGUUACGUUUUAUUAUGAUUCUCCGAAAAGCGCUGAGCAGGACAAACCCACAUGGAUCCAUUAUCGACAUUUUCAUAAAACAUACAACUCUGAUACGUAUACCAUGACAAAUAACCAAAUGAAAUUUCGACAUAAAGAAUGCACCAAACUUCUGAAUACAUUUUUAGAUAUCAAUGCAGGCGUUUCUGUGAAGAACGUACUCAAGUCAUCGUUUGAUUUGAAUCAAUUCAAUAGAAAGAUCAAUGUCAACAAAAUAAUAUCAUCUGGAUUUUCAUUUGGUGGAGCAACUGCAAUAUAUAAUAUAAGUCAUGACAGUCGUUAUCGAGUAGCUAUAAUUCUCGAUGGUUGGAUAUUUCCGUUAAAAUCAGAGCCAUUUUUAAACAUUGAAGAACCAAUAUUAUUUGUCAACACUCAUACUUUCCAAAUACCAGCAAAUUUAAAUUUGAUUUGUCAGUAUUUACAUUCCAAAGGUAUUCGGAAACUAUACACUUUGAAGAAAACUACUCACGAAAGUCUCACAGAUACAGCUUUCAUGCAUGGUUACUGGUUGGACUUGAAAAUGUUGAAGAAGUUAAAUGCUAAAACAGCAUUAAAUCUACAAAGUAGUCUAGUAGUACAAUUUUUACACAACACAAUUGGUUGCCCAACAAAUUCUGAAAAUACUCAAAUAUUUAUAGAAGAACAUUCUGACAACUUAGUAGAAGACAUUAUUAGUUACACAAAAAGGGUUAAAAGAAAAUUAACUGUUUUUCCUUGGUGAACAUUUUAAAAUUUAUAGAAGAAAAAUAACAAUUAACUGUUUUUUUUUUUUUAAUAACAUAAUAUCAUUAUCAUUAUCAGAAACAUAAUUUCUAAAAUAUGAUGAGUAAU